AUGUUAAAGCAACAAGUAGUUCGCUUUAUUGCUCCCGAUCACGAAGACGAUAGCUCCCAAGAUCCAGAUCCAGAUUCUGACAUUGAGAGUGGGAUACGACAAUCUUCCACCGCGGAAAUCUCUAGCUUCACCUCGAACAAUCACCCAAACUUCGAGGUUGAUCACAAUCCAACUCCCUCAUCUACUCAAGACUGGGCUUCACCACAUCAAGUAGUAUUUCAGAACACUCCCAUACAUUCGAGUCUCCAGCAAAACAGUCUCGAUCCUCAUGUUUCGGCAUCCGCUUGUGUUUCUGCGGACUUUUCACCGGCGCAAUCUGCGGGCCAGCCCUUCUCGGCCCAUCCGUCAUCACCCGUCCUCCACCACGCUUCGUCGAACACCGCUUCUCCGAAUUAUGGAUUGAAUCCCGCGUGGCCGUUCAAAAGUUUGCACGAGGCGAGACUCUUGCAUCACUACAUUGUCCAUUUGUCGCUUCAGUUCGACUCGUGUGACAAACAGUGUCACUUUGGCAAAGAGAUUCCUAAACGAGCAGCACACUAUCCCGUCAUCAAGUAUGCGAUUUUCGCGGUAUCGUCCCGUCAGAUGAGCCUUCUGGCCGGCACCGAGGACAACGAGUCACCGCAAUAUGUGAGCGAAUGUCUGCGGAUUCUCAUUGCCGCUCUUGAAGACCCGAUGGGACAUUUCGACGAAAACCUCCUGGCUGCCAUAAUACUGUUACGAACUCACGAAGAAAUGUCUGACAACGACGAGAGAUGUCACUUGUUCGGCACCACGCGACUACUCAACUCGAUAGCUUCCUUUGCCGCGGACGGUGGGCUCAGGGAAUCCGCGAGCUGGGUAUCAUUGAGACAACACAUCUACAUCUCCCUCACCUCCCAGCACCCACUGACCAUCAACCUCACCAACUACCGUCACUCUCACGUGUUCCAGACUUCGGAUGACGAGUCAUGGGCCAACAGAAUCAUCUUCAUAUUUGCCAGAAUCCUCACGUACAUCUUCCGCCCCGAGGACGACUCUGAGCAGCUAUCUCUGGAACAAUGGACUGAAUUGGACGCCGAAGUCACAACCUGGGCCUCCACGAAGCCAUGGCAUUUCACGCCCUUGUUCAUGGAGACUGUUGCCACUGCUAGUCCUAGUAUCAGUAUGCCGUCCCCGGAACGAAAGACUAUGCCUUGGCCGGAGCUAUUUGUGUGUAAUCCUGCGCAAGUUGUCGGAUUGCAGCAUUACUACCUGGCCAAGAUUGUGCUGGCCGUCUAUGACCCUCGUUUAUCCAGGUUGGGUUUUGACUCGAUUCGGUUCAGGCGAACAUCAGAGGAUAUCGUCCGAGAAAACCUGAGAAUGGUCAUCGGCCUAGCAGCCAGUAAUGAACAGGUCGCUACGGCCAUGUUCCAAGCCUCCCACAUCCUCGCUGCUUGCGGAAUGUAUCUAAACAACCAAGAAGAACAAGAUGCCGCAGUCGACUUUCUUAUGAAGAUGAACGCACGGAUGGGAUGGCAAACAUCCCACAUUAUCCGCGAUCUAAAGGAGCACUGGGGCUGGGGGCAGAUCUAA